CUGUCCUGAUUUCCUAGUAAUUGGUAAAACAUUGGAUUACAUGUCCUUCAUUUGUGUCAAAUUUUGUUAUGCCACAUUUUGAUCCAAUUGGUAAAUACUUUUUACAACAGGAUAGGAUACAAGGAAAUUAUGGAAAGAUUUUAAACAGUUUGGAAAUUCAUUUCUCCUAAAUGAAUAAAAGGAAAUUAUGGUAAGUAACCAAAUAGAAAAAUUGGUAUGAAUUUCAUUUCAUGAUAUACUUUCCUACAAUAACUCAGAAAUGACACAGGCAAUUAGGCCUAUGCAAUUGGAAAUGCCCAUGCAGGCGGUUACAGUACUCACAACACUAACAACCUGAAAAUCAGAAACUAAGCACGAGUACUGUUUUCCAUUAAAAGCAAGCCAAUGGAGAAGACUACUCUGAUUUUUGUUGGUAUCGUAGCCUGCCUCAUCUCCAUUGCUUCAGCAACACCAGGAAUUGCCACCUUUUACACAAACUAUGUUCCUUCUGCGUGGUAUGGAAACUAGGAUAGUGGUAACAUGAUUGCGGCAGCUGGUGAUACUCUGUGGAAUAAUGGGGCAGUGUGUGGAAAAUUUUUCACUGUCACAUGCACAGGCGCCCGAAAUGCCGUGCCACAUCCAUGCACAGGCAAGAGUGUAACCGUGAAGAUCGUGGAUCACUGUCCUGGAUGCCCUUCAACCAUUGACCUCUCUCGGGAAGCCUUCACUCAGAUUGCCAACCCCGUCGCCGGUAUCAUUAACAUUGACUACAAGCAGUAAGCAACUAAGCGUAGCACAUUUCCUUGAAGUUUUUUUUUUUUUUAAUGCAAUAUAUAACAUAUGAUUUUGUUUUGUGGUUUUGCAGGAAUUGAAAAUUUUUUGCAUACAGAGACUGAAGUUUAGUCAUAAAUGUUUAUUGUAAUAAAAUAAUGUCUGUUUUGUAAUAAAUUUCAUAGCAGUAAUAGUGAGGUGAAGAAAUUAAGCUUGAAGUACCUCUUGAUGCUAUAUAUAUCCCCAUCAUUUGAGAAAAUUAAAUU